GUCUCCCAUUUCCUCUCUCUCUCUCACACACACAAGAAAGAACUCAUCUACACCAGUAAAUAACCACUAACAAGAAGUGCACCGGAAAAAUUUGAAGAUCUUGCAUCACUUUCAAUGGAGAAAAGACUUCGUUCUUCGCUCAAAACCUCAGCGCAAGAAUUCCUCUCGUCAACGGCAAAAUUAGGGUUUAAUAAAUCCAUUAAACCCUCACUCAAAACCCUAAUUCACACCCUCACUUCUUCGUCAGAUCUCACUACUACUCUUCCUCUCGCCCUACACCACUCAAUCUCGCAGUCUAUCAGGAAAUACAAAACCCUAACUGAUUCUAACUCCACCGAAGACGCCGUUUUAUCUCCUCAAACGCCGCCGACGAAACGGCUCCGUCGAUCUGCGCGGAACAAGAGGAACGGCGAAGAAGAAAACGAAGAUAAGACGCAAUUGCUCGUUGAAAAUUUUCGUUUUUAUGCUUACAUUUCGUUUUUAUGUGUUUCUCAUCCAAAAAAGGCCUUUUCUGAUUCUGAUUUAUUGCCGGCGGUUCGAGAGUUACAUGAUAAUUUGAUUUUAUUUGAGUCUGAUUCUGUUUUGUUAUCUGAAAUUGCUAAUUUAUGUGAAGAGUGGUGGAAGGAGGAUUUAUGUGGGAAAGAAACUCUAAUUUCUCAGUCAUUGCCGUUUCUGUUGUCGAGGGCGUUGACAUUGAAGAAGAAAGUGUAUGUGCAUAGGGUUUAUAUGCUAAGAGAGGCGUUUACGUUGCUAGAUUUCGAGGAUGAGAGUAUCGAGGAUUUGAAGCAUUUAAUGAUGCGUUGUGUGAUUUCGCCUCUGUUUUUGAAGACGGAGGAUGGGAGGAAAUUUAUCGCGUUUACAUUUGGUUUGAGUUUGCAGGUUCUGAAAGAGGCAUUGGCUAUGCUUAAAUCCCAGAUCCCAUUUGGGCGUAAGUCUGUGUUGGAGGCAUAUGGAGAGGUUCUUUUUCGGGCGUGGCAGGCAGCCGAAGGGCUGUCUAAGGAUGAGAUUGAGAACAACUUCUUGCAGGGGUUGAUAGAUAGCUGUAUACAUGCAAGUUCAGGGGAGCUUGCUGUGUCUAUUAGAAAAGUUUUAGGGGGUUUUGUUAAUCAGAGAACUACAGAGGGUGUUGAGAAGCUCCUUUUUCGUCUUGCCGAGCCCGUCAUUUUCCGAUCCUUGCAGGUUGCAAACUCAAAUGUCCGACAAAAUUCAUUGCACUUAUUUCUUGACCUAUUCCCUCUUGAAGAUCCUGAUGCUACAAUGGAGGGGAAAGACACACUCCUUGAUAAACAGUUCUUUCUGCUGGACAGAUUACUAAUGGAUGAGUGCCCUGAUGUGCGGGCUGUAGCAGUUGAAGGUUGUUGCCGCAUUCUUCAUUUGUUUUGGGAAAUUAUCCCUUCACCAACAAUCACUAAAACUCUUACCAAAAUCUUUGAUCAUAUGAUACACGAUGAAUGCACUGAGGUUAGGUUGUCAACAGUAAAUGCUAUGAUAUACCUACUUGGAAACCCCCAUUCUCACGAGGUCCUUAAAGUGCUUUUACCUAGAAUGGGUAAUUUGAUUCUUGAUACUUCUCCUCCAGUUCGUGCUGCAGUUGUAGAUCUCCUUCUCACUUUAACUGAUUUAAGAAAUUUUCAGUUUCACAAGGUUGUGCAUAUAGACCUUUUGUUGUCUACACUUGCAAAUGACCAACCAAUGAUUGGUCAAAAACUCACUAAGCUUCUCCUUCCUUCAUACUUCCCCUCAAAAGUAAACCUGAGAGAAGCAUGUAAGCGUUGUGUCACACUUUUAAAAAGGUGUCCUUUGGCUGGUGCAAGGUUCUGUGAAUUUGCUGUGUCGGAAGGAAUCUCGCUACAGUCAUGGAUGGAACUUUUGAAAAUUCUUAUCAGUUUGGUUGUAUCACCUGGCAAGCUGGAGGAGGAGCAGAUUGAUGGUUCAAUUAUUGCAGCCUCCCACCUCUGUAUCUAUCUUGUACGUGAUGGAUCUUAUCACACUAAACUUAAAGAGGAAUUGUCUGGUGAAAGACUCAAGCAAUUGUUUGGUGUUGCAACCUCAGCACGUGCCCAGGCCUCUGUCUGUAACAUUAUUUCAAGUAUCUGUCCAGAUGCAGUUGAUGACCUUUUCGAUGAAUGCAUGACCUUGGUAACAAAUUGCGGAGAUUUAUCCAAUUCUUUAGAAAAGCAAGCUGAGGUGAGGUCUGUCCACAAGAUGAUGCUAUCUUGCAGUUGGUUUGACGAGAUGUUUGAAAUUCUAGCUAGGCUUCUGCAAAGAACUGCCUCCCAAUGCCACAAAAAAUUUGGAACAGAACUGGUAAAAUUCAGUGUUCCGUCAACUAAACGGGGGAAUACUAAGUCCUCCAUCAAGCUCUCCUCUAAAUCAAAGCAUGUGAAGGAGAAAAAGAUGUUCGGUAAGGUUAAAUGUAGCUUCAAGGAAGAGUAUGAAAUCACUGUAGGAGUGGCUUGGCAGAUAAAGGACCUCCUUUUAUCUGAAAAUACAAGAAAUGCUAUUCUACGCAGUGGAAGCUUAGAGACUAUAUUCCUUUCUUUGAAGGCCAUAUCUGAAGUUAGCAUUCUACAAUGUACACGAUGUGAUUAUAUGAGAUUGUCACCAAUUUUGGCAUACACAGCUCUUGCUUUUCACAUGUCUUUUCAGGACAACAACUUAGGUGGAGACAAAAAUGUCAAUAAGAAGCGUAGAACGGAAUCUACUAAUGAAGCAUCAGAGGAAACGGCAUUGGAACUGACAAUGGAUCAUCUUCUUGGCUGCACAAAUAAGCUAUUCGGGAUACCAUCUAGUGAAUUAUCUGACCUUGGCGGUGAUGGAUCUGAUUUUGCUAAACAACAGAGGACAUUGAAUGUGGUGAAGAUGCUAACUGCAGUGCUGAAGUUCAUUGCUGAUGCUCUUACGAUGGAUCUUGUCGAUAAAAGCCAGGAGGAAUGCCUAUCUUUUACUCUGGAAUACAUUAAAUUUAUCAUCUCAAGUUUAAGGGAACAUUCUGGUGAGGAGCUGCAAUUUACGGAAGACAUGUUGAAAGAGAUAUAUCUCUGUCUGAAGAGUUCCUUCACAUAUGUAGCCAAGUUGGUGAAUGUAGUGCUUAAGAGUUUUUCUGAAGCGUCACAACCCUUAUUGGGAGCUUUUGACAUUGCCAAUGAACUGUUAAACCUCUACGUUUCGAUUGAAGAGUACUUGGGCUAUGGAUAUGCAGUUCGUCUUUUUCCUGCAGUCAAACCAUGGGUUCCUGAUUUAAUUCUGGCAUUAGGAUCUUUAAACCUGAUGAAGCAGAUUCCAGGAGGCAAAUCUAGUUCUUUUAAUCCAAAAGAUGAUCUUCCAUUAUGGGUAUCCACAUUAGCAAGGACUGAGCUGGCUGAACAACAAGAUAUAAGUUCUGAUGAGGAGCCUGAUAGAAUUUCUAAGAUGGAGGGCUUCAAGACAUUCAAGAAACUUGUAAACGUAAUGGUUCAGCUGUUGAGAGCUAACCAUAAUGUGCUGGAUGCAGUUGGGCUGACUUUAUUGAACAAUUUGCUGGUUGGGCUGAAAAGCAAGAAUUUUGAUGUUGUGUUGGGGCUCCUGCAUUUUGUGUGUGUUAAGCUAGUCAGACAUGAGGAAAGAGAGUGGAAGGAACUUACAUCAAUGUUGACAUCCCUCCAGCAGAUCUACCAUCAAUUGGAGUUGGAAAAAGAAUCAUGUAACGGUGAGGAUGCAAGGCAGGUGUUACAGCGUGCAAGGGCAUUGGUUGAACCUGUUUGGAAAUGUUAUUUAUCUGAUGAUAGGAGGAAUUCCUUUGAAGAAGAGUAGGUUGCUUUCUCAUCUUAAAUACGACUUGUGGAAACAUCUUGCAACUGUGAGACUGGAGAGCAAUGGAUAAGUGGACAUUGGGCAAGGGACACUGGUCAGGCUGAUAAAGGGAGAGCUUGAUAGCUUUUUGAACAGCAGUACUGGAUUUUGGUGUAAAUCAACCAGAUAUAUGUAUAUAUGUUUUAUAUGGAUGUAUUUAUUCGGAAUGUGACAACACUACACUAUCAGCCUAUUUGUCUCUGCCAAUACGAGCAUACUAACACAUCGCCUCUUGAA